CAUGCCUCGCGGUCUGCUGAGCGAGGGUUCAUACUCGUCACUGGACCCAGUCUACAAAGGCACCACCGUGCCUAACAUUAAGGACGGUAGAAUAAAGAAAGUCCUAAAGAUGUCUAAGGCCAAGAAGAGAUUAAAUUUUAAUGAGAUAUUAUUCAGUCAGUUUGAUAAUAAUGAAGAAGCGGAAGUGAAUAUCCUCACGAAGGAAGAAAGCAAGGAAGAGAAAAUGCCCACCACCAAUGCUGAAGAAGCCGCCCUGCUCGGCGUGGCGCCGAUGGACAGCAUGGACGACAUCGAGUUGAAGAAUAUCCAGCUCCAGUUCCCGUCCGGCCGCUGCUUCGGGGAGGCGGGCUGCACCGAGGUCCGCGUGCGCACCGACCGCGGGGACAUCCUCGUGGCCGUGCAGGGCGACCGCAACAAACCCGCCAUCUUCACCUACCACGACCUUGGCCUAAACUACAUCUGCUUCCAGCCGUUCUUCAACUUCGUGGACAUGCGCGCCCUGCUCGAGAACUUCUGCGUGUACCACAUCAACGCGCCGGGGCAGGAGGAGGGCGCGCACAGCUUGCCGGAAGACUACAUCUACCCGACUAUGGACGAGCUGGCCAAUCAGCUCAACUACGUACUGGGCCACUUCGGCAUCAAGUCGUUCAUCGGUUUCGGCGUCGGCGCCGGCGCCAACAUCUUCGCGCGCUUCGCUCUGGCCUACCCGCAGAAGGUGGACGCGCUGGCUCUGAUCAACUGCACUUCCAACCAGUCGGGCUGGAUCGAGUGGGCCUACCAGAAGAUGAACACACGCUCGCUGCGCGCCCGCGGCAUGACGCAGAACGUGCUGGACUAUCUCAUGUGGCACCACUUCGGCAAGUUCCCCGAAGAGCGUAACCACGACCUGACGCAGAUGUACCGCAUGCACUUCAACCGCAACGUGAACCCGACCAACCUGUCGCUGUUCAUCGACUCGUACCUACGCCGCACAGACCUGGGCAUCUCGCGCGACGCCGAGACCAUCAAGGCGCCCGUGCUGAACAUCACGGGAGCCUUGUCGCCUCAUGUAGAGGACACGGUGACGUUCAAUGGCCGGCUACACCCUAACAACUCCACCUGGAUGAAGAUAUCCGACUGCGGCAUGGUUCUCGAAGAGCAGCCGGGCAAGAUCUCCGAGGCCUUCCGUCUCUUCCUGCAGGGCGAGGGCUACGUGGCGCCGCUCUCGCCGACCAAGAUCGUGCUGUUCCGCCGGCUGUCGGACGCCGAGCGCCGCCGCCCCUGCCGCCACUCGCCCGUCAUCCGCAUCACCGAGAACCCCAUCUCGGAGGCCAUCGUUUGCUAAACACCUAACCCGAAUGCCACGCAGGUGCGAUUCUCUAUUAUAAAUACCAUAGUUUACUCAGAUAAAUUGGACUUUGGAAUUUUUAAACUAUGGUAUUGUCUCAUUGGCCGAAUGACCGAGUCAGUAGAUUUUGUUUGUAUACGUUCUUUUUAAUACCUAAAAUGUUCUAAUCUCAUUCGAUAAAUCUGCUGGAUGCACGGUGUCUCCGGUGAUCGUGGGCGGUUGACGUGUUGCCAUGCUGUGAUGGCACGCUUUGCUGAACAAUUAUUUCAAAUUUUUAUUAGAAGUUUUUUCGGCUAAUCGCACCGGCGUGGUUUUUGCCUAAACAUGACCUUAGCGCAUACACCCAACUCUAUUCGCCCGAUCGAACUUGCUAACGUGUAAAUAAAGAAACGUAUUUUUAAAGACCAAGUACAAAUAGUGCAAUCCUACGAUGGACCUAUCACAAAGAAGCUACGCUGUUCUAGACAUCCGUGCUGCGGAUGCAGUUUAACUGUAAUCAAAAGCGCAAAUGUCGAAAAAUAUACUUAGAUUGAUUAUGAUCAUGAUAUGAAAAAUAUACUUAGAUUGAUAAAUCAUGGCAUUAUAUUAUGUACCAAAACAAACAGAAUAAUAACUGUGCUCUAGUCUAGUGUAAUUUUUGCCUUGUUUCUUUAUUUUUUUGCAAUGGACGCUAAUCUCUCAGAUGGCGUGUAGUUAUUUAGUUAAAGUAUAUCAUACUCUCCCCUAGUCUAAAAAGUUUGUCUACAGCAAUAUUCGUAACAUUGGUCCGUAAGAGGUUAAUAGAAAAUUGUAUAUUUACAUAUAUACCGUGUUGAGUGUAUGCGCCUUGGGAAAGGGGCGUAGUUGUGCGGAAUUCGUUUCCAACCGCUUCAUAUUUAUUUUUAAUACAAAAAAGCUUUAAAACUAUUAAGUUACGGCAUGAAUGUGAUUAUGAGCGUUGUUCUUUGAUGAUUAUUUAUAUUUUAUUGGUAAUAAACGUACAUUAUUUGGCUAAGUAUACUCGUAUAAGUACACGUGUACGUAAUUUAUUUGAAUAACAGUGACCGCGAAGGGUAGGUAUAAUAAAGUUUGUUAGGUAGCAUCACAAACAUUGUUAACAUAAUAAUAUAGUUUACGACGGAACCAAAGAAUCGUGUAAGUGUACAUAUCUUGUGAGGACAGUGGAAUGUAAAUAUUCCGGGACAAUGGUAAAAGAGCUCCGCGACCCACCGGUUUCGUACCCUUGUUCGAGGCGCACUUAUCUCGUACAUUUUUAUAAUAAUUUUUAUUACCCACUGGUAUAAAUUAUACAUAAGUAGGUAGGUACUUACCAGUGGCGGCGGGCCCAUAAAAGCCGAUUUCCACCGGCUUGCCUGUUUUUGGACGUAUGAGCAGAGUUGUACAGGAAAUAUGUAAGCCAAAGUAGCCCCGGCUUGCCUAUGGAUAUGUUUGACGCGCCGCCACUGGUACUUACCCCAUCUAUGAGGUAGUGUUCGGGUAGGAAGUGACUUUACACUCCUUGUGAUUGUUUUGUGCCGCUCGAAACGAAUUGUAUUUGGUUUGAUCACAUAACGGCGAGAGGGACAACCCAUUGACAUAGUCUUAACUCUUGUUGUGUGCGUGAGUCAACACGUUUUUCAUGUGUGUGUAAAUUAAUACCGGUUGUUUCUUUCGCUGUAAUGUCGUUAGAGUGAGAGGAAACUUCGGCGGUUCGCUAGAGCCUCGCUGGGUGCUAAGUUAAGACCAAGAUAGAUUUUCGAGAAUGAUUAUUUAACGUGGAAGCGUUUUGGAAGAUUGUUUUGCCUAUGUAUGAUGCCUAGAUAUAUAUGUAAAUCAAGUUUUAAAUAUAUUUUGUACUCGUUUAUUUUAUAUUAAUCGAAGUGUUGUGAUCAAAUUGUCUGAGGAAUAUUUUCUUUGUUUAAGUUCAUCAGUAUUAGUUAUGAGUAAGAUAUUUUAGUUGUCUGUUUUAUUAAGAUUUGAUUGAAAUCACUCACUGCUUUUAAUACGUAUAAAUUUAAGUGUUUGAAUAUAGAGGAUAUUGCUUGUUCCAUUACAAUUGAUAUCAUUACGUUAAGUAUUUAAGUGUGUUGUUGUCCGGCGUAGAAUCUUCGCCACGCUUGAGCCAGGGGUGCGCUUAACUAACUUAACACAAAAUGUUCAAACAGAUUUGCUAUUUUAAAAUAAUAUAUACUUGGAUUGUAUCUCCUCAAUUGGUAUGUUAUACGAUGUUUUAAGUUAGUUAAUCGCCAGUCUCGUGCGGCAUUAAGGUGGGCGUUUCUCUUCGUAGUUAGGUUAGAUCUCGAUCUGUAGCUGGAUCUGACUAGGACCUGCUCGGGCCGCGGUGCCGCCGCGCGCCGCCCGGUACACACGUGCCAAAGGAAAGUUUUCAAUAUUGCGAAAAUUCUCCACAAUAUUGUUUGGAAACUUUCCGGGCACCCGUACCAAACCAACAGGGCGCGCGCGCCGCCACUCGGGACCCGCUCCACUAUGUGCUUUGUAGAGAUACAAAUUACAAUUGAUAAUAAAAGAAUUUUAUGAUUUCUAGAUUUUUAAAUAAGCAGAUUACCUUUUAAAGAAAUCAGCCUUUCGUGAGGUUAUCUCUAUUGGUACCACGAAGUGGAAUAGCCUCCAAAAAGAUAAUUCGUCGUCAGCUUGUAAAGCUUUGACAAUAAUUUAAUAUGAUACUCUGGAAAUAACUGUCUUUCAUUUUUGUUGUUUUUUUAGUUAGUUAUCUUUAAAAUCAUGGCAAUAAAACGGAUAUAUGGAAUUGAUUACCUAUUGAAAUAUUAAUUGUUAGCUAUCUAUGUCCACCGCAAAUACGCGUGUCAGAUACAUAAUUAUAAGUAACUGUUAUCAAACCACCUCCGUUUGUAUACAGGGUGGAAGGGUAGUUGGGACAAAGAGCGGGUAGUACGUAGGUACAAGUACACCUUUAUGAAUCCUUUAAAUAGUUUAAACAAAUAGUUCUAAUACUCAUUGUUAGGUAACUAAAAGGCGAAUUAACUGUUUGGAGCUCACACAAUUGUAUGCUGUUUUUAUUAGGAUUUAUUUUUAAACCACUUGCUCUUAACGAAAUGUCAACAACUGUGUUUAUAAAUUGUGUGAAUUUAUGAUGGUUCUAAUAAAAAGUGAUUUUACAAGGAGA